GAAGACAAUACAAGACAUGAAACACAAGACAAAGGAUUGAAUACUCGAGAAGUGAUUGAAUCAGACAUUGAAUCCAAUGAUGGCAUCGAUUGUGAUAUUAAUGUGGAAUCAGAUAACGAGACAAUUGACGGAACAGUUGAUGAAAGUGUUGUCACAAAUCAAACGCAAGACAUGAGGAUUAAUGGUUUAAAUAGCAGUCAAACCGAAGAAUUGUCUCAAAGACACGACAAUUCAAUUAAUAAAACUCCAGACAAAGGGUUUUGUGUCGAAGAAAACACUGAAUCAGACAUCGAGUCAAAUGAUGGCAUUGAUUGUGACAUUAAUUGUGAUUCAGAUAACGAGACAAUCGUUGGAAGUGUUGAUCAAAAUGAAGACAUGAAUGACAGACAAGACUUAAAUAGAAAUGAAGAGAAAAGUGAAUCAAAUUUAAAUGAAAGAGGAAUUCAAUUAAACGUAAAAUUCAAAAAUAAUUGUGAAACAAAUAGUGAAUCGAUUGGAAGUAAUGAAAGAGACAAUAGUUCUGGAGAUGAGGACAUGGAUUCACAACAGAAUAAUAAUAUAUCGGAAAUUAAGAAACAAUUGUCAAUUCGGAGAUAUUUCUGUCCACAAGAGAACUGUUUUCGACAUUACUCUUGGAAGAAGGGUUUGAAUUAUCACCUGAAGAAUGGCACUCAUGAGUGUAGAGACAAGACAUACAUCUGUGGUAUCAAUGCAUGUGUUUAUAAGACUUCAUCCAAACAUGAGUUACAGAAACACAUAUCGAGUGAACACAAGUUUAUUUCAGAAACUAUCCGUCCGUUUGUCUGUAAUUUCAUCGGUUGUGAUAAUAAGUAUAGCCAUAAAACAGGUCUCAUUAGACAUAAACUGAAACAUUCGGGUCAGACAUACAGGUGUGAUGUCGAGGAAUGUGAGGCAAUCUUUUACGCUAAAGAAUACUCAAAUCGUCACAAAAGAAUAAAACACACGUCGAAGACAUCACUGUCUGGAAGUGAUUGUAAUGAAAGCGAAACUCAAGUGAAGAUCAAAAAAGAUAAUAAUUGCGAAACAAAUGCCAAAAUAAAACUGAAAUCAAAUACAAGUGAAGCGAAAGACAGCGAAACAGAACAGUAUAAUAACGGGUCGAGUGAUGAAGAGAUGGACAGCAAUUCAGACUCUGAUUACACCCAAAGACAGACUAAACGCACAAAAUAUGAUACGAAAACUGACGGCCAGUUUGUAUGCGAUAUCAAUGGAUGUGGAAAGAGAUAUAAAAGAAAGGUUUAUCUAAAUGAACACAAACGCAUACAUUUGGGUCAUAAAUAUCAAUGCGAUGUCGAGGAAUGUGAAGCAAUAUUUGUAUCAAAAAAGUACUUAAGGACUCACAAGAGAAAUAUACACACGAAUACUGAGCGCCGGUUUGUUUGUGAUUUCAUUGGAUGCGAUAAAAAAUAUUAUACUAUACGUGACUUGAGUAGACAUAAAGGCAUACAUUUGGGUCACACAUAUCAGUGCGAAGAGUGUGGAAAGUGUGUCCGAACCACGGAAUCACUCAUUAAACACAAACGCAUACAUUUAGGUGAGACCUACCGGUGCUCUGAAGUAGACUGUAGGGCAACGUUUACCACCGAAGUAUACCUAAAAAAACACAUUAUUAUACGUCACGGCUCUAAAUACCGUUGCGAUCAUAAGGGAUGUGAUUAUAAGACCGGAUGUCUAUCGUAUCUAAAAUCACAUCAAAUCAGUCAUUCAAAUGAACGCCAAUUCAAGUGUUCAAUCAAUGGCUGCGAUAAGACGUUUAAAACAGAAACGAGUUUUAAUAAACAUCAGUUGAGAACACAUUCAGACUUCUUUGCAGACAUACCAUGGAUUGAAUGCUCGCAUACGGGCUGUCAGUAUAGGAGUAAAAUCAAACCAGACAUUACGGUACACAUGAAAACUCAUUCAAAGCCCUAUCGAUGCGAUGAAUGCGGAAAAUCCUUCGGUUCGACCGAUUGUCUUAAGCGUCAUAAGAGAACUCACGACAAGUCGUCGCAAAUCCCGUGCGAAUGGCCUGAAUGUGAGCGAAGAUUCACUAAUAAUAAUGUAAUGAAAGCACAUAUGAAUUCACACACGUGUGAGACCACAUACCGGUGCCAAUGGCCCGGUUGUGACAAUACAUAUAACCACCGAAAUGGCUUAGAAACCCACGUACGGAGAGUACACAAUGGUUUGUUAGACCUCAAGUGUCAUUGGCCUGAAUGCGAGUACUCGACCACUAAUCCCAUUAGACUUCAUAAUCAUAUCGAUAGACAACACAAGGGUCUGCAGGACUACCGGGUAAAAAGCCGACUGAAUUUACCCGGAACCGACAUCUAUAAUGGCGUUCAGAUACGCUACCAAAGGAGCCUUCAUGAUUUUAUGGAAUCAUACACUUACCCCUUCACAUAUCUAAUAUCAGCUAAUAAUAAUAAUAGCAGCAAGCCAUACAUGACCAUGUACAGAUAUAUUGAAACUGUUAAACCACGUAAUAGAGCCGAUUGGUAUAUUAACACAUUCUCUGGAGAGAUGUAUCGGGGUAAUGAACAUAACGACGCUUACACAUGUUUUGUUUACUUUAUGCUCAUAACCCAAAAGCAAUGUAACCGUCGCUACGAAUGCCAAAUACCGGCAUUUCUCGGUUAUAUACCCGACCAUUUGGUAAACCAAUUAGAGGGUAUCGUUGCCUACACUCUGUACCCAAUCCUAUUUCCUAAGGGACAUAUGCUAUGGUUUAAUAUCGAUGGUCAGCCCCGCUAUUGCUUUACACCAUUUUAUGGCAUACUUUCUCAGCAAAUUCUUAAUCAUGUGUUCAUCAAGCACAAAUAUGAUACCAUUCUG